AUGAGUGGGGCCUGCCCAUGGGUGGUUCUCCCUGGAACGCUGCCCAGCCAGCCUGGUGCCUGCCCAGGCCAGGCGCGGACUGGUCUAAACACGCUGCCUGCAGGGUGUGACGUAUUGGCGCCCGCCGAGCACGGCCCAGUCAUGGCUGUCAUUGGAAGAAGCCCUGUUGCCGACGAUACGAUCUUUGAGCAAGUCGAUCAGUCUCGGCCCCUUUGCGUGUUGCAAAGUCACAGUAGACAAAUUGCAAAGUCCUCUACGCAUGUUCACGAGCAAAGUUCAUGUCGCUGCACCGUGCAUCGACCAAAGAAAGGCCCGCACGCAACUUGGCUGACCAUCAUGGCUCCCGAGGUCGCUGCAGACUCCCGAGGUUCAAUGUUGUAGACAGUGAUAGGGCGCAAAUGUUCUCACCUUGUGCCUUGGCAAGCAUGCCGCCCGCAAUGUUUGGGACAGCCCUCCGCAGUAAUAGAAGUGGCAGGGAGAACCAUUCACGAGUGGAACUUUCAAGAUGAUGUUGGCUCUUGCCUAAUUGUUGCCACUGCACACAUUCAUUCCAGCC